CCACUGGUAGGGCUCGUUUCCCUUUAAAACAGCGAUCAUCACAAAUGGAUGGUCACUGUUCAUGGCUUACCCGAUGGACUGCAAAUACCACGCUCUAUGGGGAGCAUGGGGAAGGCAAAGAUGGCAGAACUCCUGGCAGUGAUUCCGAAUUUAAAAAUUGUAUUAAACAUUGCAUCAAGCACCCUACCUGAACAACCACAUUAUGCUGCUGAAGAAAUGUCAUCCGACACCUCUAGUAUGCCACAGGUAUUGGUGAUGGAUGAUGAAGACACCCUCAGCUUAGAUGAAGAAGGAUCUCUACCAUUGACCAACACCAGUGAAGUUCAACCCAGUGGCAGUGCUACAGUCAUGCUCAAUUACCUUGCGGGAGGUGGGCUUGGAGUUGCUCCAGUUUUACCCUUGCCUAUGCCACGACCAGCAGUAUUUUCAAAGAAAUCUUCCAUUCGAGAUAACAAGGGCAGUGCGUUCAAGAAGUCGGUGAACCCAAGAGUCAGCUGGGAGGAGGAAUUGGGAGUUCGGAUGAAGAACACAAAAUCCAGGGUUGGCAUGAGAAAGAAGAAGUCAGCGAAACUGGAUGCGGAUGAGCAAUUAAGCGAAGAUGUAGCCAAACUUACAGCUUCGAACUCAAGGUAUAGUCAAGAAGAUCUCCAAGCACCGAAAAAAUAAGGGUGUUCUCGAAUAUCGAGUGAAGUGGGUUGGCUACGACGGUCCACAAGAUGAUACAUGGGAACCACUCCGCCACCUCACGAGUGAACACUCACAAGCCAUGCUGAGAGAUUAUCGGACUUCUUCAAGUGCCAAAUAAGCCAGUAUACAUGCAGACAUAAUGAGUUGUUUAAUUAUGCGACAAUGUUACUGCACAAAAUCGCCUUUCAAAAUCAUUUGUGACAUGUACAUGUAAUGUUGUUUUCUGUAAAUAAA